AUGGGUGGGGGUAACACCUCCGUGGACAUGGUCCGGAAAGCCUUUGACGACCUCAAGGAGGGCUUCGUCUCCAUUGUGCAGAAGAAGAACGAGCAACAUGCUCGACUCCGCGAAAUGCAGCAAGCCACCGCAGUGCAAGACGAGAAGCUGUCGGCGCUCCAGCAGCAGCUGACGGAAUUGAAACAGAAAGUUGCUGCUCGACAGAGCAGAGUUGCAGCACGUGCAACGACAGGUGCGACUCCACCACACGUGGCCCCAGAACCCCAACGAGAGGGUGCCGGCGUUGCGGAGGUCAAGAAGGUCUAUACCAAUGCCGGCAUCACCUUUAGUCGUGAACUGUUGCUGUCCUGUUUGAACGGGCCGCUCGGCGGUUCCAUGGACAUCCGGAUGAAGCCAUGCCUGGAAGAGCUGGCCCGAGAACUGGGCCGGCCCACCUCCAGCAAUGCGGGCCAGAGCCAGACCUCCAGCACAAAUCCAAACACGCCCUGGUCCUACUGGAAGGGCGAGUGGUACUUCUGGAACGGAGGUUGGAGGAAGUAUCACAGCUCCGACUCACAGGGCCGCAAGUGA